GAGAAAUAAUUGUUAUCUCAUGGCCUUAUUAAUCUCUCCUACGAGCUGACAGCAAUGAAUCUGGCAACCAUUGGCUUUCUUUACUAGCGACCAACCACCCUCCAGGAACAUCAUCAGCCUGGUGUACUUUGUGCUCCGAACUCAGAUAACCUUUAUUACUCGUCCCCUCACCGCUCGAUGGAAUAAAAUCGCUUAACAGAAAGAGAGUCGACUCAUUAUCGUUUUACGAGGCGUCGCGUGAAGUUCUCGCCUUGGAGUCUCGUUACAGUCGUGCAUUGGAGCUUGGACGCUCAACAGUCAGAUAAAGUUGGAAGAGAGAAAAAAUUGUGGUACAAAAACGAGCAACAGCAGCUGAGAAAAGCCCGCUAAUCAUAGAACCUGUGAAAAUUCAUUUCCUGAAACUGACAGCACACGAAGGAAUGCAAAAGGACUGCCGAGAUUGUCUGGGUAUCCGGUACCGCAUCAACUCGCUGGACCAGACCUGGAAGUGGUUGCACCAAACUAUUGCCCUUCACGACUAUCUUAUUUCCAUCACAGCCAGCCAAUCGGACGUCUCCUCUUGUGACAGCUGUUAAAAUUGGACAAAAGACUGACUUCAUUGAAACCUCUCACGCAUCUAACCUAACCUGACUUCUAACCUAAUUCCUAAUUCGAAGACUGAGGAAAGAAAAACGUAUCGUCGGCAUCACCUGUCUGUUCCUAAUUCACUACACUGUCACGCCCUUCUUUUCUUAACAUCUCCGUAACAAUGGCGCUGAUAAGAAACGUGCAAAAAGUGCCCACUUGCUGGUCUAUUAUCAAUCGAUUCGUUUCCAACGAACCAAUAUCCAAGGUACCGGACGACGCUAUUCGCAAGUCUGUCUUCAUAUCCCAGUCAACUGAUAUCUACCGUAAUUUGGCACUCGAGGACUGGUUCUACAAAAACUCUGAUCUCAAGAAUCACCACAUUUUAUUGCUUUGGAGAAAUGAUCCGUGCGUCGUUAUUGGUCGCCAUCAGAAUCCUUGGCUGGAGGCGAACGUGACAGCAGCAGAAGCCAACUCCGUUGCUGUAGCCAGAAGAAAUAGCGGCGGCGGUACUGUGUACCACGAUGCUGGAAAUUUGAAUUUAUCCUUUUUCACGCCAAAGGAAAGAUACAACAGACGUUAUAAUCUGGAUAUAAUUACGAGAGCUCUGUACCGCGAAUGGGGACUGAAGGCACACGUUAAUGAACGGGAGGAUAUUGUUGUCCAUGGCAAUUUUAAGAUAUCCGGGACUGCUGCAAAACUGGGUCGUCCAAAUGCAUAUCACCAUUGUACUCUUUUGGUCGGAGUUAAUAAAUUUGCAUUGAGUACGACUUUAGAAAAAAAGGAGAGCGGAAUUGGAUUCACGAACGCGACUGAAUCGGUACGAUCACCGAUUAAAAAUCUUACAGAGGUGAACUCCCAUAUCAGUACUGAUAAAUUAUUGACUGCUGUUGGCUGGGAAUAUUUGCGUACUAAAGCAUUGACGAUUGAGGAUGGAGGAUAUGGACUUAUUCAAUGUCAAAAAGGUUUUCAGAUGAUAAAUCCAACCGAGGACUGGUUUCCAAGCAUUGAUAAACUGACCGAAGAAUUUCGUUCCUGGGAUUGGACGUAUGGAAGAACUCCGAAAUUCUCUGUGGUGCGUAUUCUUCAGAUGCCAUCGCGCUCAGGUGAAGUUCAUCAACUGAAUUUGACUUUGGAAGUCUGCAACGGCAUUGUCCAACAAGUUAAGCUGAGUCUGCCUUCGGGACUCGUGCCAAAAGAUUUUGAUAAGGACGCGAGCGUCGUAACGAACCUACAAGGUACUCGUUAUACACCAGAAGUAGCUGAACAGGUGGUUGCUGCUUUGGGCUGUAAGGCCAUUAUCCCAAAGCUCAAUCAAAACGUCGACAAGAGUAACGUGGCAGCGAACCAAUAAAUGUUAUGAUGGCCACUCUGAUCUUUUGUAAAACGAAUAGUUUUUCAAUUGACCGAUAAAAGAUGAGACGAACGUUUGUGUGUUCAUAAAUAACAUUGACUUGUGUCAAGUAUGAUAUUAACAAUGUCGUAGAAUAGAAUUUAACAAUCUUAAGUAUAAAUAAUGAUUGUUACACCAAUGCAAAGUCAGUCUGGCUUAUUUAAUUCCUAAUAUAGUGCGUGUACUCUUUAGGACUAGAAAUACUGUAAUAUAGUAUAAGUAUAUUUAAAAUGGCAUAAUCCUAUGUAAAAUGUACAUAUAUGCCAAACGAAUGAUGUUGAUAGAACAUCACGUACAUAGAAUUUUAAUUGUCUUUAAAAUUAAAAUAAUUAUAAAAUGAAAUAAGCCAUCAUCACAGUAAGAAGUAUUAAAGUUUCCCCUAUAAGAA